AUGGCUUAUGUGACGCCUACGAAGCUGUUUGCUGUAGUGUCCUUGGCUCUCUCCGGAUCAGUGUGGGGUGGUAACAGUCGGUGCGACAUCACGGUGAGUUUGCCCACACCGGAUAACAACUCUUGCCUGGACUCAUCAGUGGUACUGAGUUGGCUUCCAGCCAAUGGUACUUUGUGCGGUGCCAACUUUGGCAUCAACAGCGGUCUUACAUUGGGCAACUUGGGGCUGCCUGGAUUACAUUUUACAGAGGUAAAUUUGGACCUCCAAAUCCCUGGACGCAGCGGAAGUGAUUACUGGCUGGAAGGCGAAGACACAGGCUUGAGUUCUUGGAGUGGUUGUGGCAACCAUCCAGGCUUGGUGAAUGGCUCCUUCUAUUGUGCCAACACUAUAACCGCUCCGGUGGAUCUCAACGAGUACUUAGGGAGUUGGGAAGUGCUGCAAGGAUUGAUGCCUGUGACGUGCUUGGCCUACAACUGGGAACUCCAAGCGAUCUCUCUGUCCUUUGAUCCUGAACUGUCCACGGAGUUUCUCUUGCCACUCUUCCCGGUGGUCUUCAAGCUAUCAGGCUUCACCUUCGCUCCAAACUCUCAGGUGGCCCUGCUGGACUACAUGGGUGCCGAUCUACAGCUCAGGACAGGGGAAUCCUUGACCACUCAGGUGGCGGUGGGAGGAGUUGUGGAGCUUGCCAUUGGAAUCCCCAUCAUCUUGGAGAUCGUCCUACCCCUGGAGGGGGUCUUUGGGAUGAAUCUGGAUUCCUCAGCUCAAGGUGAAUUGGCCUCUGGUCACCAGGUCUUGGAAAGUAUGGUGAAGGCAGAUACCUCUGUGGCAUCCAAUUGGGCUGUGGUAAUACAGACCUCCUUUCGUCCUGAGCUGGUCCUCUUGGGAUUCACCUUCAACUUUCCGAUAUCUACAAAAUCUCAGGUCCUUGUGAGGGCUGGGAGCUCCAUCAUACCCGACAUGUACCUCAGUAGCAUGUUGUAUCAUGCUACUUCACUGAGUGAACUGAUGGGCGGGCUGCCAGACCUCGGACCGGUUUGUGACAUGGAUUUCCUGCCAAAGGAAGUGAGGGAGAGCCCCUUCUGCCACGGGGACGAGAACAUGGACACCAUGGAGGAUGAUGCCGAGGUCGCUCUCUAUUUCGCCUUGGAGGAUGGUGUGGCGGUGAUCGACUUGCGUGCAUGGGGCAUGUGGCUGGCCGUGAAGGCAGACUCUAAUGCACAGUCCCCUCUGACAUUAUGCAAAGAUGGCCAGUGUUCACAACCCUUUUGCGUUUGGGAUAGUCAGUGUCCUGAAGGCUACCAUUGCUGCAAGACCACCUUUGAGUUCACCUGCCAGAAGCAAUACAGGCACCGUGUCCUUGGAAACGUUUUAACCUGUGCGGAGCUGCCUGCGAUGCAAGCGGUCGAUUUGGCCGUCGACCCUGGGAAGGGGAAGAACGAGGGCGAGAGCUGCACCUGGGAUUCGGAGUGCGCCUUGAAGUUGCAUUGCUGUUGGGAGAUCGGAGAUCCCUACUGCCGAAAGAUCCAAGCUUUAGGAGGAGGCUUGCCAUGCUCUUGUACAUUGGCUGCUGUAGGAGCUUGCUAUGACGAAGAAGCCUCCGCUGCCCCAUAUGACCUUGCUUUGAUGCCAUUGCUGAUAGCAAUGAUGCUCAUUAGGCAAGUUUGCCAUUGA